AUGAGCUCUCUGCGGCUCCUCGUCCCGCGCUGGUGCCGCGGUGCCUCCCCCGCUGUGCUGCGGGCGCGGGGCGCGGCCCUCGGGGGUGGCUCCGGGCCGGCCCCGUUCCUGCCCCGGCCCCCGGGCCAGGCCCCGCUGACACGGCUGUGCAGCUCCUCACAGCCCUCCUGCAAACUGCCCGGGAGCGGCCCCGGGGACAUCGGUGCUGGCAGCUGCACUGCAGCCCCCGAGGAGGAGGAGGAGGAGGAGGAUGAAGGCGUGGAGUUCGGGACGCUGUCUGAUAAGUUUUCCUCUAGAAAGUAUUACCACAAAGCCUCAUCACGCUUUUGGGAUUUAAAGCUUCAAGAAGAGGGGGAGGAAGAACCAGAAAGGAAACCUCGACGUGGCCCUAAGAACACACCGUAUUGGUACUUCCUACGGUGCAAGGCCCUCAUCAAAGAGGACAAGCUGGCAGAGGCUCUGGAGCUGUUUGAGGUGCAGAUGCUGAAGGAGGAGCGUGUCCAGCCGGCGGAAAGCAAUUACACCGUUCUCAUUGGUGGCUGUGGCAGGGUUGGCUAUGUGAAAAAGGCAUUCAGGCUCUACAAUGACAUGAAAAAACGAGGGUUGGUCCCCACGGAGGCCACUUACACGGCCCUGUUCAACGCCUGUGCCGAGUCGCCCUGGAAGGACUCGGGGCUGCAGAGCGCCCUGAAACUGCGGCAGCAGCUGCAGAGCAAGAACGAGGAGCUGAACCUCAUCACCUACCACGCCCUGCUCAAGGUCUGCGCCCUCUGCUCGGACCUCAAGAUGUGCUUCGAUGUACUCAAGGAGAUUGUGCAGAAGGGGCAUGUCCUGACAGCUGAGACCUUCAGCUUCCUUCUCAUGAGCUGCAUAAAGGACAGUGAAAACGGGUUCCGAUAUGCCUUGCAGGUCUGGAAAGAAAUGACUAAACUUGGGAUAAAGGGCAACAGCCACACCUACAACCUGAUGCUGCGCGCGGCGAGAGACUGCGGGAUCGGCGACCCCGUCCUGGCCUCUGAACUCCUGCUCAGACCCCCUGAGAACUCACCUCAGCUACGGCUCCCACCUGGGAAGCGGAAGGAAAGGAUGAGAAAUUGGAGGAAGAAGGGAUCAGAGAGUGUUGCUGUCCAGCUGGAUGUGGAAGCUAUGGAAAAGCAAUUAUUUCAGGAGAGCUCAGUGCAGCCCGAGGAACCAAUUCAGCAACAAAAUAAAGAUGUGAAUCAGGCCGAAGAAGAACCAGCUGCUCCUGACAGCCCCAGUGUCAUCCACAGCAGGGCUGGAGCCUUGAUGAGGAGAGACCACAGGGAGAUGGAGCUGGAACAGGCACAUCCAAGCCAGGAGCUGCCUUUCUGCAACCUGCCCAACUUGCUGGAUUCCAGGAUGCCUGACGCAGCCGUGGUUUCCUUGGGGACAGUGGCCACACCAUCCCACAGGCUGGCUUUGAUGGGGGACGUGGAGGGAUUCUUGAACAAAAUGAAAGAGGACAAUGCAGAGCCCAACAUUAAAACAUUCACGUUACUGGCUGAGCUGGUGGAGCCCCAAAGCCCCUCAGAGUCCUCCUUGCUGGCACUGCUGGAUGAGCAUAAAGUGAAAGUAGAUGUGACCUUCUUUAACACUUUAAUAAGGAAGAAAAGCAAACAGGGAGACCUGGAGGGAGCAAAGAGCGUGCUGCCAGCUCUGGUGAAGAGGGGACUGUCACCCAACCUCCAGACAUUCUGUAACUUGGCAAUUGCUUGCCACCAGGAGAAGGAUGGACUGCAGCUCCUCUCAGAUUUGAAGAGGUCUGGAAUAACUCCCAACAAGUACAUCUACAGCACCCUCAUUGCUGGUGCUGUGAGGAAGCUGGAUUACAGUUACCUGACGGAGAUCCUGCGGGACAUGAGGAACAACGAGGUGGCUCCCAACGAGGUGAUCAUCCGCCAGCUGGAGUUCGCAGCACAGUACCCCCCAAAAUUCGACAGGUACAAGUCUAGGAACCCAUACCUGGAGAAGAUUGAUGGUUUCCGUGGCUACUACCACCGGUGGUUAAAAGUUAUGGCUGGAGAGGAGACCCCCCACCCCUGGGCCAAAUACAGGACAGCCAAACGUGGGGUGCAGGACAGCAAGGCCGAGGCUGUGCAGGAACAGUGAGCAGGAGGAGGGCAUUUCAAGUUCUUCCAGCACAAGGAACAUGCAUGAAUUGCUGCUUCAAACUGCUUGUAGUAAAGCUGCUUCUACAUAAUAAAAUAUUUUGUUUUAAGGAGAAGCAAAUAC